UUGAAUAUAGUUUAUUUUUAUAUGUAAGUCUAUACAAUAGGUCUACAUGUGGGAUUAUAUAGGAAACAGCAUAUAAUUAGGGCGUUAUGUAUAUGAAACGUGGUACUAGUGUGCCUUUCUACAUAUGAAUAUAGUUUCGUAUAAGCAAAAUUUUUUAAAAAAUGACUGUUUAAUAUAAUACAAUAUACAAUUUGAUAAAGAAUUUUAAAUUACAAAAAAAAACCUAUUUUCUUAGAAGUAUAAGGCAUAAUUUUAAAGGACUAAAUUGUUUCCGGACCCUCGUGCCAAAUUAUAAGAAUAGUAAUAAGCAUUAAGAAUGUAAUUCUAUAUCUAUGCCGUUUCUUAAAUAUUCUUUUUCAUUUUAUUUUUAAAACUUUUACCAAUUCCAUCAAACUCGAGUAAUUGAAUUAUCUAUUAAGAUAAGUGUUAUCUGCUUUGUAUUUUUCACACUUUACAAUCUGGCAGUGAUAAAGGAUUUUAACUACGUUUACUCAAAAUAAACUAAGGUAGAUGUACGGUAGUUAGGUAAGAGUUAUUGUGCGCAGCGUGUAUAGAAUAUCGGUUAUUGGCAUCAAAUCGUGUUGAUCCAAAGAGCGCUUAAGUUAGAUUUUAAACGUAUAGUUUCGUUUACGUCUACGUUGAGAAUACCUGGUCGUAUUUUUAAAUCUUUUGUUUGCUGAUAAAUUAAACGUUAUUUUGUUAAUUGGUUAAAUGAAAGUAAAGCCAAACAACUAGAGUAAAAUCAAAAAACACUAUUCUUAAAAUGUCAACAGUGGUGCUGUAGUACGCUGUGUGACGGGCAUCACGUGACCACAACGUCAUCCUUUAGUUUCCAAAGGAUAACCAGAAUUGAAUGUCUGCUACAGGGGGUCUGUCAGUUGCUCGACUGCAUGCCGCGGCGUACGACAUACCCCAAGGCCUCUCUGUCCUUGGAAGGAUGGGGGAAGGGGGUGGAAUGUCCGCAUUGCCCUUGGUAAAAGAUGUCGGCGCUGUGAUAGCUGCAACACUUCCUGUACGGCGCCUAGCAACGGCGCUUGAGCUUUUGAUAUAUCUAGGCAACCUCGAUUCAAAAAAAAUACUCAAAAUGUUUUUAUUUCCAACUCUGUGACCGGAAUGCAUGCAACUGGUCAAUUUAUCAAAGAUCCCUCAGGUUUAUAAAUUCUAAAAAUCAAUUGUUGUAUUUCAAAUAUGUGUUCGUUAUAAUUUUUAAUGCGCUUAAUCAAUCCAUAAGAAAUUCAUAAUAGAUAUUCUUAUGGAUUUCUUUUUAUUUUACUAAUGAAGAAAUUAAACUUUUAGGGAAAUGGGGAAAUUAAAAAAAAAAAGCUUUCUUUUUCCUUAAGUAAUUCGAGCGUAACUAUCAAUCAUUGUUCUCUAAAUUGUUAGCAAUUAUAGUUUAUUAUUAGUAAUAGUUUUUAAAGGCGGAAUUCAAUAAAUUGCUAAAGCCUAGUCUUGAGUCAUUACCGAGAGAAAAAAAAAAUUCUUAUUAUAAAUAUUAAAAGUCUCGUAAAUUCUGGGAAAUGUGAUUCAUGUUGGCGAAGUUCCAACGUUUUGCACGUUCUAUUGGCCGUGACAGGACACAUAAUAAUACUUGCAUAAUCACCACCUUCGGGACAAGUUAAUCAAAAACGACAUGUUCUAGUGCCGAUCGGGGCGCCACGAUGUGGCAAACACAUUUGGUAGGAAAUUUAUCGACCACGUGUUUUGUCCACCACGUGGUCGAUUGUUUAUUCAAUGGCUAGACAAACUAGAGCAACUAUUUAAUGAAUAUGGGCAUUAAUGAAGAUUUUAAACAAAAAGCACUAGUUCUAUGUGUAGAUGGAUUCUGUUCCAGAAAUAACAGUUCUAUGGAAGAAACCAAGAAUGUUAUUGAUGAAUCCUGUACAGAUGGGGAAACAUCUCCAAGAUGCCAACAGCAGUUGCUUGAACAUACAUUUCCACCUCCUUUGUCAUGUGAAAAGUGCCAAGCUUAUUUGAACAAUUUUUUGUAUCAAAAUAUUUUGUGUCAAGUGUGUAGACUUAGUUGUCCUCAUCCCUGUACCCAUGACCCACCUCCAAUAUAUACAGAAAAUAAAGAUAGCCCAAGGAGGCUUAGUGCAGCAUCAGUAUUUGGAAAAGAACUUUCUGUACAAUUUAAUCCAAGUGAACAAACAUCACCUUCACUAGUCUGUCGAUGUAUUCAAGAAAUUGAAAAGCGUGCAAAACAAAUGAAGGGUGUUGAUUUAUAUCAUAUGUAUCGAAAACCUAUCUCUCCAAAUAUUGUGGCGGAGUUAAAGCAAAAACUUAGUGAAGACGUAAAUGCAGAAUUAACAAAUUAUGAUAUCAAUUGUGUUGCCAGUGCCUUUAAAAAGUAUCUAAGGGAGCUUCCCAAUCCUAUUCUAUCUGUACAGAAUUAUGAUAUGUUCCUCGAAAUUGCAAAAAAUAACAACACAGAACAAUGUAUAUUAUCUCUAAAAAAACUUGUUAAGCAGUUACCCAUCCAUCACAGAUUGACUCUACAAACUGUGAUGGCACAUUUGUGUAGAAUAUGUCAGUUACAAUAUGAAAAUGGUUUCCGUCACCCACCAACUACUCUUGUUCAAGAUCUCAGUCAUGUGUUUAUUAGGCCACCUUGGGAAAGAAUCAGUGAAGUAGUAUCCAAUUUUGAACUUCAUUUUCGUGUCGUUGAACUCUUACUUCUGAAAUGUGACUGGGGAGAAAAAUUACCAGAAUUUGAUUCAACACAUUUUCCACAUCAUCACAAAUUGUCUCUUGAAAAUGCUGAAGACAUUACAAAUAGUCAAAAUGUGGAAGAUUGUACAGAUGGAAUUAAAAUGCUUCAAAAAGCAGAAUGGUAUUGGGGAGAUAUUACUAGGGAAGAAGUUAAUGAAAAAUUACGUGAUAUGCCAGAUGGAACAUUUUUAGUUAGGGACUCUUCCAACAAAGGAUCAGGAGAAUAUACAUUAACAUUAAGAAAAGGAAAUGGUAAUAAACUCAUUAAAAUUUGUCAUCGAAAUGGAAAAUAUGGAUUUUCUGAACCUUUAAAAUUUUAUUCUGUGGUGGAAUUAAUUAAUUAUUAUAGGAAUGUAUCUCUUGCACAAUAUAAUAGAAGUCUAGAUAUUAAACUUCUUUACCCACUGUCACGGUUUAAUACGAUGGAAGCCGUUGGGAAUUUUUCUGAUGUAGAGUUGGUCAGAAAUAAAUUAAUUAGCAUAGAUUUAGAAUAUCAAAAGAAAACAAGACAAUAUGAUCAGUUCUAUGAAAAUUUCUACAAAGCUUUACAAGAAAUUCAAACCAGACAACAAGCAUUAGAUGUUUUCAUUGAAACAUUAGCAGUGUUUCAGGAACAAUUAGAUUAUCAUAAAGUAUUUCAACAAGAAGCUCUUCCACAUGAAGUUAAAGUAAUUAUGUCAAAUUUUGAAAUGCUUUCUCAAAGAUUACAUGCCAUUCAAGAGAACAAGGUUCAAUUAGAAAAAGAAUUAAAAGAAAAAGCAGCUUAUUGUCAUUCCUUAGAUAGGGAAAUGAAUACCUUGAGGAACCAAAUAAUGCAAUUAUACAAACAAAGGGAACAUUGUCAAAUGUGGAUGUUAGGUAAUGGAGUUAAAGCUGAAAAAAUACAAAAAAUUUUAAAUCCCUCUACUGAAAAUAAGGAUUUUGUGAGUGAUGCAAUGUCAUCUGAAAAUGAUCUUCCACAUAACAAUGAAUCAACUUGGUUUCUACAAGAUUGUUCUAGACAAGAAGCCGAAAAGCUCUUAGCUGGGAAAGCAAAUGGGACUUUUCUGAUAAGAAACAGUAGAACUGGCCAGUAUGCUUUAUCCAUUGUGGUUGAUGGAAAAAUUGGUCAUUGUUUAAUCAAUAAAACAGAGAAAGGUUAUGGAUUUGCAGAACCAUUCAACGACCAUCCAACAUUGAAGAGUCUAGUGCUCCACUAUGCUCGGACAUCUUUAGAGGAACAUAAUAAUUCCCUUCGGACAACUUUGGCUUAUCCUGUAUUCUGGUCUCAAGUUAAUCAAUAUGUAGAACAGACUUGAAAUGCCCAUAAGUGUAAAUUAGGACAAAGAUGUAUAUUUGUGGAAUUUUUCACUUGAUAUAUUAGGAAUAUGAAUUCCUUUUGAUGAUCUCAGGCUACAAGUGACAUUAGUGUGAUCUGAUGUGAAAGUUUGAUGCUGAAACCGGCCACGGUUUGAGCGUGAUGUACAGAAAAACUUUGCCCGACAGAGGUCAACCAAUCACUUACCUCCGAGGGACAAUUAAGCUGAAAGCACAUUACUUUUUAAUACAUUUCAAACAAAAUCUGUGAUUUGUUGAUUAUUUGUGUGCAUGUGUUGUUUAAGAAAUGAAUCCAUCCUUAUAUCCCGUUACACAAGCUGAAAUUGUGACAUACCAAUCGCAUAUUUUCCCACCAAAUCAAGCAGCUGCGGUUUUUGUAUUUACAGUUUGAUUAAUAUAAAAUUAUCUUGUCAUAGAGAGAUAUACUAUAUAUAAAAUUAUAAAUAGCAUUGUAACUGUGAUAUUAUAUAUAACUUACAAAACAAAUUUAUCUCUUGAAUUAUGCAUACAGUUAUCUUUACUAAGAUACCCAAAUAUGAAAUAUUGUACAGCAUAUUAUUAAAAGAGUACCUGAUACCAGAUUAAGUACAGCAUUAUUAAAGAAUAGACGAGUCUUUACGAGGCAAAAUUUUUUUCUAUGGAAAUUCUCUUUAUAAUAUUUACAAGUCUCUCUUGAAAAUUUUCAAAGUAUUUACAUAACAUAUAUGUUAUAAUAGAUUACAGUUAAUACCAAUCAAUUCUCAAUUAAUAUUUAAGAUGCUAAUUUUUUGUUUUUUAAUUUUUUCUUUUUGAUAAAAUGUGACUGGUUGCAUAAAUAUAGGACAUAGCUAUGUAAAUAUAUGUAGCAAAGCCAUAUGUUAAACAUCAAAUUGAAGUUUUGGACUAUUUUGUUGUAAUUGUGCACUGUCUGUAUCUUUUUCUAUCAUCAAUACUUCUGCCUUUAAUAAAUUUAAAAAAAAAAAAAAUGGAAAAUAUUGGAACAUUACAGUAAAAUGUGUGCAGAGAGAAAGAAAUAAAAAUGUU